AACCUAUAUUGUUAUUAUAGAGGUCAGUGGGAAAAGUCAAGAAAAUCGAACAUAAAGUUGGCAGACACCCACCUGUGUCCACCACCACCACCACCGGCUAGUUCCGAUUAGCAUCCGGAUCCAAGUUAAUAUGAAUUAAAUCCAAGUAUUCGUGUAUUAAGUAUUCUGAUAAUCUAAUAAUUAAAAUUUAUUAUUUGCAAGAAGUAAAACUAUUUUUAUUUUACCUGAUUCCCACAGAAUAAGUUGCUGGGUUGUUCAUGGAAGAAAGCGGCGUUGAAAAUAAAGAAAAUCGCGAAAAAAUUCUCUCCUGUGUAGAUUUUUAUGACAUAUGGAGAAGAUGUUCAUCUAUAUCAUCUCAGUUUCAUCGUUACUAUCAAUAUGGCGAGUUUUCUCCUUGUAUUAGAGAAAAGAAAAAUUUUAAGUCAUGUCUUUGGUAUAAAGUAAGAAAAACUGCUGAAUUAAAGGCCGAACUUAUUGCUGAAACAAAAGAAAUAGACGAUUUCCUCAAUUUUGUUCAUAAACCAUCGUCUUCUGUGUGGGAAUUUCGAGAAGACCCUGCGGCCGAUUGGCUUAAAAAAGAAGAGCUUCAUUAAACUACUUCUAGAUUUUUAUGAGUUUGAUAAAUUAUUACUAUGAA